AUGACUGACUCAGAUACAGCAAGUGUUCCCGGUACCUCCGGCCUGAGCAGCGGGGCCGGGCUGGCUUUUAAGGCGGGCAGAGGAACACUCCCUGGGCGGGUCAGGAGCCUGUCCUCUGCUGCUCCACCUGGAAGACUGACAUCCCUCAGGAGCAGAGACCUCACACUGGGAGGAGCCCUCAAGAAACCCAAGAAAACUUUUGAGCCAAACAUCCACACUGUGAGGAAAAGCAAAGACGAGUUAAAGGAGGAGGUCCGUGCGCCUCCAAAAAAGGAGAGAAGAGAGAGGGACGAGAGGAGGAGAGAGAACAGGGGGAGGAGGAGAGAGAGGCCUCCCACCAUACAGUCUCACUCCAUCUUUGAACAGGGCCCUGCAGACACCAUACGCAAAACAGGCUGGCGUGGUGCUGUUGACCCGUACGACUCCACCAGCUCUCCUGUGUGCAAACUGGUGAAGAAGGAGAGGACCGAGUCUGAGGACGAUGACGAUGAGAUUCUUUCCAAACUACAGAGAGAUGAUUUCAUCGAUGAUCCAGGUCUGAGGAACGAACCAAAGCUGAAACCCAUCCAACUGCCCCUCUGUCAGUCCGUCAUAUCCUCGUCAACAUGUCCUGAGAACCCUCCACUGUUCAGACCUCCGCCCUGCAGAGCUCAGAGUCGGUCAGCCCGCUUGGCAGCAGAGUUUCCCAAACAAGAGCAGCCCCCUCUGGCAGAGUUGCUGCAGGAUCUGAGCCUUUCUGGCAGAGAGGAGCUCUUCUUUAUGCAGUUACCGGACUGCAUGCCUGGCAGAGCGUCGGGACAGAAGGGGGACUCUGCACUUGGAUCUACCGCAGAGAAAGCUGCCAAAAAGGAAGGCAAGGCUGAGGACAAGAGGCCUGCAUAUCUACAAGCACAAGAAGCUGCUGGGAAGGAGAGCUGUCCAGUGCUGUCACAGUUCCCAGAGGGGUUUCUGGGUAAACUGCAGAUCAGGAGGUCGGGGAAGGUGGAGCUGAAGCUGGGAGACGUCGUCAUGGAUGUCUCAGAGGGAGCUGCUUUCUCCUUCCUGCAGCAACUGGUGUCAGUGAAUCUGUCUGACGGUCGGACCGGGGACAUGAUGGUGUUGGGGAACGUCAACCACAAGCUGGUUCUAUCUCCGGACUUUCAGGCUCUACUGAGACAAUCUUCAACACAGAAACAACAAGGACCCUGAUUCAUGCCACAAGACUUUACCCCCCCCUUCAAGACGUUACACACUCUGUGAUGUAACCAUUUCUUUAAACGAUGAUGUUAUUACUGAUGCGGUAAAGGUUACUGCACAAACUCAUGAACGUGGAGGGGAAAUGACAGCUAGUCUUAAAUCUGUUGACUUCAACUGUGAGGUUAAUAAGGCAGCUAUGUGACCCUCGGUAUCUCACCUGUUUGAUUAUCUUCACCCUUAAAAUGUUGCCGUUUUGUACGAAAAUCUUAUUAAGCUUUUCAGAGAAGAUAUAUAUUUUAGAACUAUACAAAUCGUGUUUAAUACGUGUUAAAGAGCACUGAUAACCCGCUACCAGAGGUCAGAUUCUUUACUGAGACUCUGUCCCUAUCAGAGACUGUAUAUAAGAAGUGGACGUUACCUAUUUGUUUCAAAGGUGAAGCUUAUUUCAGAAGUGCCUUAAACGUGCAUUCAUUUUAUUGGCCAUUAGGGGGCGCCUCAACUGGUUAGAAAAAUAAGUAUUUUUAACUUCUGAAAACUGUUAUCUAAUAAGUUUAUGUAGACUGUUUCCUAAGUCUUCAGUAAAAGUUAAUGAGCGUUUUGUUAAUGAUGGGUGAUAAAGCAGAGUACAUUUUAA